UCCGUUUUCUAUGGUUUGUCUCCUUGUUGCUUCAGGACUGGAGCCUUCUUAGGCUGACUGGAUAAGGACUCCAAAAGUGCGAAGUGACUAGAUGGGUGCCAAGGUGACGGACAGCUAGGGAACGGAGAGUGGUCCUGUGAUUAGGAAUGCCUGCGCAAAUACUGAGACCGGAGAUGAUGGAUGAAGAUCAGUUAAUGAAAGAAGUCUUGGAUAAGUUUGUUAAUUGUCCUGAGCAAACAUAUGAAGAGUUUCUGAGCACUUUUACUCAUCUUUCAAAAGAGGAUAAUGUGGCCAAAGGGGGAGCACAUGGAACUGAUUCAUCAGAAAAUAUAUUUACUGCUGAAAAAUUGACCCAUAGAAAUGAAUCAAAUGGUCAUCAUCUUAGAAAUACAGCCAUCUUUCCUCAUACUUCAUCUGAAUGCUCAGAAGAUGACCAGAUAGUGAUUGAUGAAGGCCAGCAAGUUGGCAGCUUCCUUCAAGGUGAUAUGACCCGGGCUGGAAAGGUGAAGGUAGACAACUUCCUAGACUUAGAAGAUUUGGACAUGGAGGAAGAGAGUGAGCCCCAGAUGAACAAGGAUUGGCUGCUCCUCCCAGGUGAAGUGGAACAGGGUAUAAACGCCAGUGUUCCUGCUUAUGUUCCUUCUGUGGACCUGCCUCUCACUUCUGAGGUGAAGCAGAAGCCCGCCAUGGGAAGAACUCUGAAGCACACGGAAGAGAUAUUUGGAGAUGAAGUGCAACCCUUCUUUCUUGAUGAAGAAUUUGAUUAUGACAACGUGACUCUCACUCCCAAGUUCACUGCUGGAGAGUUAGCAACCAUCCAAGAGCGGGCCAAGCAGAAGAGAAUGGAUACCAAUACAGACUUUUCAGGACACAAAGUAACCAAGACUGAAGAUAUCACUUCCACUUCUGAAUUCUCUUCCGUCCCAUUGCUGUGUCCUGUGAUUGGUUGGGAAGAUGGGAGAGGGAAAUGGAGAGGGAGAGGCUGCUGAAUCUGCGUUUGAUGAGGGCACUGUACCAGGGUAUGUGUGUGUAGUACUGAAGCCUGGGAAUAUGAACCCAUCUUAUUAGAGGUGAAGGACAAUCACACAUUCCAAACAUUAUUAUAAUGAAUAGAAUCACUUAUAUAUGUAGGUCUUUGGUCCCAUGUGUCCAGAUAGUACCGGAGAUGUUGGUAUUUAUCCGUGUGGUUGUUGAGAGAUUAAGCAUCAUUGAAAAGGAAGGCACUGAAGAACUGAUUUUAAUGCUAUGCAUGGAGUUCUGGGAUUAAAAACUGUACCAUUAAUCCAUGUAUGAUGGCUGCAAAGGACAGUGAGUGAUCUAUGUCUCCAGAAGUUUAGGCUUGGAAAAGCAGAGCAACUUGAGAAUGUGAAAUGACAUCAUGGCAGCUGGUGAGAGGGCCCCACACAGGUGCUUGCUGGGCAAGCUGAUGACCUUAGCUCUGUCCCUGGAGCCAUGUAAAGCAGAAGGACAGAAAUGACUCCAUAAUGCUGUCCCCUGACUUCCAUGUGGGUACCAGAGAAUGCACACCCAUACACACCCUUCCCCCCACUAGUAAUAAAUGAAAAUAAAUGGAGUAGUAUGUUAUGGAGUAGUAGUUAUAACUGCAGACAGUUGCCAAGGGAAUGAGUAGGGAUGGAUGAAGAGGAGAGGAUGAGGUAGGUAUGUAUGGAAUGUUUAUUAUUGAAGAAAUCAGUAACAAAUGGACUUGGUAUCUUUUCUAAGUAGACUUUAUGUUUUAGCCUAGUCUUAGGAAGUGUAGAGUUGCCAUACAUUCCCUUUCUCCGCUCCCCCAUGGUUAACACUACACACCACGGAGGAUAUUUGCUGCUGCUUUGUUUGGCUCUUUGCUAUUGUUCUUUUUCUUCUCCUGUGAUAUGAACACUUCACAUGAGAGCCAGCAUCUUAAAUGCUUGGGCACACAACACAGUUGAAUGUUACAAACCAUACACAAUAUUGUGGCAGCUCUCUAGGACUUGCCCACAUGCUGUUGAAGUCACACUCACUCCUCUCCACAGCUUCUGACAGUAGCUGCUUUCUGCUUCUGAGUUUGACUGUUAGAGACACCCCAUGGAAGUGGAGAUGCAAUGCCUGCCCUUUAGUGACUCGCUUAUUUCACUUACUACAGUGUUCUCUGGGUUCAUUCACAUGGUCCUGUAAGGCAGGAUUUGUUCCUUUUAAAGGCUGCGUAGUAUUGCAUUAUAUACAUAUACCACUCUAUUCAUCAGUCUGAACAUUUAAGUUGUUUCUAUAUCUUAAAUGUUCUUGUGAACAUUUAGGUUGUUUCUAUAUCCUGUUUCUAUAUCCUGGUUCAUGCUGCAGUUGUGCUUCUAUAUGUAUGAGGAGUUGUGUGUGUAUAUAUUCAUAAAAAUGCUGUUUAUAGUCUGUACAAAAGAAUUCUCUCAAUUUCA